CAAACUCUUAGAACAGAGGUAGUAGGGGAAUCACGGUUCGAGAGUUACUAGUUUGAGGGGAAAUAGUUCGACACCCUUGUACUAACCGAUUCACUAAAUUCAGACUGUAGCAGUAGCUAAUACGGAUAAGUUGCAGAAAAAGUCUCUGAUACAUAUACAUAUAUAUAUAUAUAUAUAAUAUUUAACCGUCUUUGAAAGAAUAAAGAAAGAAGAAGAAAAGAAGAAAAAACAUGGCGACCGAGAGCACUAAGUCCGAUACUGCUCCUAUUAAAUUAUACAGUCGAGAAGAAGUAGCUAAACACACUGAUACCAGCGAUCUGUGGGUUAUCAUUAAUCGUAAAGUUUACAAUUUGUCUGCGUUUCUUAGUGAGCAUCCGGGCGGAGAAGAAAUUAUUAUUGAACAGGCUGGUCAAGAUGCAACAGAACCUUUCGAGGAUAUUGGCCACUCUAGUGAUGCCAGACAGAUGAUGGAACCAUAUAAAAUUGGAGAACUCGAAGAUGCUGACGUAACAGAGGAAAAUGUCAUGCUUCACGAGGACAAUUCCAGUCGAUGCUGCAACGUGUUCUGAUGAUUAGCAGUUGCAGUGGUUCUUGGAGGUCGUGGCUGAUUCCUAUCGCACUCGGGGCUUUGGCAACUCUCGUCUACCGCUACUUUAUCAAAGCACACUGAAUCAUUCCUAAUAUUUAUUUUUUGUAAUUUGUAUUAUACAUAAAUAAUUGUUACAAAUACUUAAUCGGGGAGUAUUAUGUAUACUGCACAUUACUACAAUUUUUUGUAUAUCGUGGAACUGCACACACAAGCUGGCCUAUCAUAAAAACAAGCAAGAUGGAAAAGUUCAUUCGUUACAAUGAAGCCGAGAGAUCUAUCCUAUACAUCUGUUUCUCACGAGCGUGUGUAGAACACAGAUGCACCAGUUGCGAACAGAAGAACGAAUUACAAUACCCUGCAUCGAUGCAUCGGGCUUCCUCAUAUCCGAAAGAGUUUGGUUCAUAAAAAGAGACACACACUCGACUCCACUAAACAGAAAAUCGAGAGCACAAGUGCUUGAAUGCAAAGAACUCAAACACAAACGGAACAGUCGAAGGAAAGCAUCAGUGUCCAUUAAAUGUUAAUUCUAAAGACGACGGUGUUCCGAGCGUCCUCAAAGUCCAUGAAUCUACCAAUAAACUCAACAUGCAUUUACACGAAGAGGAUUUUUAAUUGUUACAGUACGCCGCAAACGAUUAUUGUAGUAGUGCAUCUUAGGAAUACAUUAUUGAAUGUUUAUUG